AUGACAAGUUGUGGGUAUGGUGAUAUUAUACCUGCAAAUGGUUUUGAAGCUACUUAUGUAGGAUUUACUAUGUUAUUUACGUGUGGAAUAUUUGCUUAUACUUUUAAUUCUAUUGGAUUAAUUGUAGAAGAUUAUAAUAAAAAAAAUAAAUAAUUAUAGGAUUAUAUGGAUUAAAUCAACAGAUAUUUAUAAAAUAAUAAUGUAAAACCUAAAUUAUAAAUAUAGGCCAUUAAAUAUGUAGAAUAUAAAUAUAAAAGUCAAAAUGAUUUAAGUGUUAAAGAAGAAGAGGAAGUGUUAAAUAAAUUAAGUGAUAAUAUAAGAGAAAAAUUAAUAAUAUAAAAUAAUAUGUAAUUGAUUAGUAAAAUUCCUAUAUUAAAUGAUAAUUUCUCAAAAGCUUUUUUAAAAAAGCUAUCUAUUAAUUUACAUAAAGAAAAAAAUAUAAAUUAGACAGAUGAAAUGUUUAAUUAAACAUAAUUUUAUAUUAUUGAAAAAGGAACUAUUUAACUUUUUAAAUAAUCGAAUAAAUAUCCAAAUAAUAUUUAAAUUAUUUAAGAAUUAUAAAAAGGAAAUAUUUUCGGAGAAUUCGAAUUUUUCAAAAAUUAAUAGAGAAGUGUUUCUGCUAAAGCAUUAGUAUAAUGUAAUUUACUUAGUAUUAGAAAGUGUACAUUUGUGAAAAUUAUUAAAUAGUUUCCUAAUGAUUAUGAGAUAUUUUGUAAAUUAAAAGAUGAAUAUCUUAUCAAUAAUUAGUAAAAAAAUUUUUAUACUAAUUGUUAUUCUUGUGAUAAAUAAGGACAUUUAAUUAUGUAAUGUUAAAAAGUGCAUUAUAUUCCUAAUUAAGAAACUGUUAUACUUAAAAAUUAAUUUUGUUAAGGUUAGUUUACUCGAAAAUAAUAUUAAAGAUAAAAAUAAAAAACUGAAAAAUGCCUAAAAAAUUUAGAAAUUAUAUAAAAAUCUUAAAUUUAAAUUUAAAAGCAAAUAGUUUUAUUUUUAAUUUAAGCUAAAUAAACUAAAUUGAAAACCAUAAAUAAUAUAAUUUAUAGUAAAAAUAUUCUUAAGCAUUUGUUAAAAGUUAUUAAAAAGAAGAAAAUGGGAAACUUGUUGUCAAAUUAAGUAAUUCUAAUAUUGAUGAAUAAUAAUUAUAACAAAAAAACAUACUAAAGAAAAGUUAAGUCGAAAAUAUUUUUUUUUAAAAUAAUAAAAUUAAAAGUAUAAUACAAGAUUAAAUUUUAUAUGAAAAAAAAUAAGAAUAAGAUAUUUGUGAUUCUUAAUAAAUUAUAUCAAUUUAAAAUUUAUAAGAAAAAUAUUUAUAAAUAUAAAAUUAAAAUAUUAAGAGCGAAUUGA